UGGCUGUUCCCACGGAGCAGGAUCGCUGUUUUACACUCAGACCGUUUGGUGGCAACACUGAGACCACGACCGUUACGAUCGCAACAAAAACUCAGAAACACGACGUCUCACUGUGGAGCCACAAACACGUUGACAUUGCGUUGACGACUUGCACUUCACUCGAGUGUUUGCAUUUUCUAAUACGUGAUUUAAUAAGACAAACCAAAAAACACGAGAGAUCAAAAGUAUGAUUCUAGAUCAAAUAUGAGAUGGUGGAUCAAAAUAAUAAGACAAAAUGUGGAAGUGUGGGUCCACGGUGUGUUGUAUUGAGUGAGUCAUCUUCAUUAUUUACGAUCUUUGGCUCAAGAAAAGAAAAUUACACUCCUUUCCCAUCAUCCACCGCGGCAUCUUUCUCAUUCCAGCUGUGAGUAGCUUCGUUUCGGACGUAAAUGCCCGACACAAAUGUCUCCGUUUCUAACCGGGGUUUCGGUCUAAACGGAUCAGAGUAGCGGAGCCCGGGAGACCGAUAACGGCGCUGACGGCGGAUGCCGCUCACGCUGCGGAAUUCUGCCGGGAGGAGGAGAAAAAACCCGGAUGAAAAGCUCCCGGAGCGACCCGGGGAAUCUACUUCUGCUCAGGUGAUGGCGCCCACGCGGAUGAAACUGCGUGUGCGUCGCCGUGAUGGUGCAGCAGCAGGCGGCGGCAGUCAGCCAGUGGAGGAAGAGGAGCGGGGUCGAGAGAGUGGCGGUCGCAGCGGCAGGCGGAAAAACACCAGCAACACUUCGACCACAGUGGCCGCCUCCUCUUCCUCCUCUCCUCCCACCUCCUCUGCCUCAGCGUCGGCAAGGGCGGUGAUGGCGGCGGAGGAGGCGUCACCCGACUCCAAGUGCCCCAUCUGUCUGGACCGCUUCAACAACCUGGCGUACCUGGACCGUUGCCUGCACCGCUUCUGCUUCCCCUGCAUCCAGGAGUGGUCGCACAAUAAGGCAGAGUGUCCACUCUGCAAGCAGCCGUUCGCCUCCAUCCUGCACUCGGUCCGCGCCGAAGACGACUUUAAGGAGUACACGCUGCGGCCGGCGCCUGCCAACAGCAGCUGUCGCAGCCACUGUGGCGAUGGUGGCAGCGAUGGCAUCGGCGGCGAGGAGCGACCACCAGAUGAGGUUGAUGUUAAGGAGGCGUAGGGCGCCGAUGGCGGAGAGAUGACGACGACGACAAGGAGGCGGAGGAGGGAGAGGGGAGGAAGAGGAGGGGGGAGUAGGAGGACAGGGGAGAGGACGGGGGUGUGGGAGUGGUAUCUUGACUCUCCUCCUCUCUCUCUUCCUCCCCUUCCUCAGCACUCUGCCGUGUCUCCGGUGGUGGCGGAGGACAGCGAGGAGGGAGAAGACCUCGAACAGCAGAGGGUGAGGGGAGGGGCAGAUCUGGCGGAGCGUGGGGUGAUAUUUGAGGGACUGACGGGCCUCGGGGGGGCAGUAGCACCUGUGGCCCCCAACGACCGGGCGUCACGACGUCUGAUGACACGUCUGGCGGCAAGGCAGCGGCUGCAGCGAGAGGGCGGGACUGUACGGCGGCUGAGGGAGAGAGAAACGGUGGCCUUCCGCCGCGCCCUCUACCGCUGCGGGAUAAGGGUUCGCGGUGUUGCCGGGGUCAACAGUAAUCAGGGGCAGCAGCAGCGUGACAUCACAGCAGAGAGCUUCCGUCAUAACCCCGCCCACUUGAACAGACUCCGCCCCUGGCUGCGGCGGGAGCUCACAGUGCUGUACGGCGCACACGGCACACUGGUCGACAUCGUCCAGCGCAUCAUCAUGGCGCGGCUUGCCCGUCAUGGCCUUGAGGACACGCCUACCAUAGAAGAAGAGCUGCGACCAUUCCUGUUGGCUCGCACCGACCACUUCCUGCACGAGCUGGUCAGUUUUGCCCGCUCACCGCUCAGUCUGGAGAGCUACGACCUGCAGGCAGUGUACGAGCCACUGGCCGCAGCCCUGGACCUGGACGGGACAAGCAGCCUCUCCGACAGCAGCUCCGUCAUUGCCAUAUCAGAGGGGGAGGAAGAGGAGACUCAGGCAGGAGGAAGGUCAGAGGAGAGGCUUCAGGGGAGGGUGGGAGGCGCUAACGACGAUGUCAUCCAAACAGGAAGUUGUCUCAGCUUGUCAGCCUGGGAUGACGAAACACCCGGCCCCUCCUACUCCACUGUCGAACCGUCGUGUUCGCUCGCCUCGCUGUCGUUCAGCCCAGCCCCGCAGGAGGCAGCCAAUGAGGAGGGGGGAGAGAAGAGGGAGGAGGAGGGGGAGGAGGAGUGUCUAAUUGUCGGAUACAAGAAGCCAAUUGCGGAGCGGACUCCUGAGCUGGUGCAGCUCUCCUCUGACACCAGAGGAGGAGGAGGACAAGGAGAAAGAGGAGAAGAAAAUGACUGAGAAUCUUCCUCCGCUCCCCUCCACUGCUCCUCCUCUUUCUUAUAUACCCACAAUCCCUCCCUCCACAUCAGGCACCUAUCGAGAGGAGCAAGACGACAAGCAGGAGGAGAAAGAUGUCGAGGCGGCUGGGCUUCGCUCACGUGCACGCUCGUGGUCAGGCAGCUCGGGAAGAAGCCCGGAGUCAGUGUGCACGCUCAGCCCUAGCGAGCGGCGGCGGGGGAGCUGGAGGGACAGGAAGCGUUCCGGCAGCGAGGCAGUGAAGGAGAAGAGGAGGAGAAAGAGGAGGAGGAGAGGGCGGGAAAGGAGUGGCACCCUGUACAACCCAAACCGUUCCAUUUACCCUGCCAUGAUGCGC